UGACUACGGUGGAUAGCGGGAGGCGUGCGCUGGAUCUGCUGGGAAUGGAGAAAAAUGUGAGCAUGAUAAUCACAGAUUACUGGAUGCCGGAGAUGACAGGGCUGGAGCUGCUGAAAAAGAUUAAGGGCUCGUCGGAGUUGAAGGGGAUACCGGUGGUGAUUAUGUCGUCGGAAAACGUCCCCAACCGUAUACGGACGUGUUUGGAUGAGGGAGCGGAGGAUUUUCUUCUGAAGCCGCUGCAGCCGUCGGAUGUGUCGCGGUUAUGCAGCCGCGUGCUGAGAUGAUUUUGGCUGUUUAGUUCUGUUGAUGACUUUAGUUAUCUGUUAUUAUGUGUUCUGUUUUGCUGACUUUGUGAAAA